CUUUUGAUAGAGUUCGUCAGUAAUUAAAUAAUCAGAGUUUAUUUUAAAAAAUAGUUACCAGUACUUCUUUUUAAUUAAAGUGAGAUAACUGAAAUUGAUCUUUACAUUUUUUCACCAGAAACUGAAAGAGAUAUUUAUAGGUGCCCUAAUUAUAUUCUUAUAAAAUAAAAUCAGGGGAAGCCUUUUAGAUUCACACCUAAGUCAAUAAUAGACAUUGUCUAUCGUAUGUACUUCGUUAACUAAUAGAAUCAAGUGGAAGCCGUACAAAGAGGUCACUCGUCCUUUGAAAUAUUGAACAGAACGAUUGUAUGUGUCGCGUAUGAAAGGACUGUAAAUAAUCCAGUUUUGUUGGUGUUUCUAAAUAAGUCAGUGAGUGAUACAUUCAUACUUCUCAGAAACUUGGCUAAAAUGAAAACUGAGAUAGUGCUGAAAGUUUAUUGUAUUAUUUUAUCGUUUCGGAAAGUGACAACCCAGACACAAUAUAAUUCUGCUUUGGCCGUAAACGAGAGUCAGCAUGAAACGCGACUAUCAAAGAACAGUGAAACACUACUAAACAGUUCAUUCGAAACGAAAAAGGCUGAAAAUGAAAUCUCAGAAUCUGCGAAAAAUUGUAUUACGAACUUGCUGCAAUUAAAGACUAAACCAUUUACAACUGAGGAAUGCUGUCUAAAUAAAAUAUGCUUAAAUAAUUACAUUCUAAAUAAAAUUAUUCGCGAACAUCCUCACACAAAAGAACUAACGCUGAAAUUGUGCACGGACCAUUUCUAUUUAUCAAAAGAGAAAAUUACAGGAUGCUGCUCUGGGGGAAAGAGCCCGAAGAGAUAUGAAAACAACAGGAGUUUAACUUCUGUGACGCCAAAUAUAGAAAAUCCAGUUAUCGCAAAUUGCAGCAUAGGGUUAAAAUCGCCAAAGCUGAAUAAUGAAAUCAAACAUUUGAAACCUGAUAUUAAAGAGGACCAAACACAAUCAACGGAUAGAGUUGACAGCCCAUCAAGGCGCGCAUUUAAAUUGAACGGAUUGCAGACGAACCUAACAUCGACAUCGCAAGUGAAAGAUAAGAAAAUUAGAUUUGAAAAUAUCGCAAAGACGUCUGCGAGGAAUAGAGGCUUACAAUUCCUAGAUGUCCCCAAGGGAGACGAUAUGCGCAUCCAUGACCUUCGCCACAAUGAGGAGCACUUGUUAUUCGAGGCCUUUUCCUACUUAAUGGGUUAUUUACAACCGGCCGGAUUUCCUACAGAAUUAAUACGAGAUGUACUGGAAAAAAAUAUUCCCCUCCAUGUAAUUUUAUUUCAGUUGUUGAAACUGGAAAUUGUGGCAGUGGGUUGGAUACUUUUCUGGGCGAUCUUAUCUUUUUGUUUGCCCUUCGCAAUCGGAGCCCAAUUGUGCUGUCGAAGCAACAUUCGACGCCUUAAUGAAGAUUUUUCAAACGGAUCCACGAAUUUCUACGAUAAAUGGGCCGGAAACACACUGGCUGUUCUAUUGCAUAUCCUACUUCUUUUGAUGUUAUGUCCGAUUAUCCUGAUCCUGGCUGGCAACGAACAAAUAUCCAGAUCGAUAUCAAAGUCAGAAUACAGAUACGAGAUUAUAUAUGAAGACAUCAACACUUUUAUACGGAACACCCACAUGCAAAUAGCACUGAUAACAACGUCCUCCACCGAUAUAACAUUCGAAGCUAUAAGGAAAGAUUUCGAAGACCUUGAAAAUCUAUUAGGAAAACCAUAUCAACAAUCUCUGGCAGCAGAAACAGGAAUUGACAUAGCCCUAGAUGCACUAGAAGAAUUAAGAUUGUCGACUGCUAAGGUAACGAACUUGGUGUCUGAUAUUGUGAACGAGUGCGCAUUGGCCGAAAAAGGACGCAUCCAGCUGCAAGAACAACUACGCGAAAUAUCCAGACAGCUUACAAUUGCCAGACAACAGUGCAACCUGAAGGAUCGCACUCUCUGUUACACGUUACAGUAUUCCGGAUACGAUGUGACCUUCUCGUGUGAUAAUAUAACAAAGGAUAAUAAAAUUCGUCACCUUCACCGCAUUGGUCAAGAAGAUAGUUUUAAUAUAUCAAUUGACAUUGCAAGGGAGAGUUUCGACAAAGUAGAUGAGGAAAUUGCGUUGGCUGCUGCUAGCAAAAUACCAGAUUUAAAGUCAGCUUUGAAGAGGAAACGUGCGGAAGUGUAUAAAUCAGUUCACGUCCUUGACGAAUUGAUGAGAUCGUUGUCGGAGACGGUGCAAAAUGGCAAGGAAGCGGUUUCAACAGUUGUCGGGAAACUAAUGACUUGGGAUUUGUGGAGGUGGCUCGUGGUUUUAGGUGUGGCCACAAUCCUGACGAUCGUUUGGGGCCUUUUGUUGUGUGGAGCGCCUUGCGGCUGCGGAGUCACCGCCCGUACCAUCCCGCUGCUGUUGUCAGGUGUCGCUUUAGCCAGUGCGACUGGUCUUUUAGUCUGGGCCCUUGGCACCCUAACAUUCAUCCUGGGAGGUCACGGCGAGACCUUGUUAUGUAGGCCGCUUUACGAUCAGCCUCAUUACGGGACAUUAACUGAUCUGUUGGAUUCCGGUGGAAUUCUCCACACUAACGGGGGGUUUUUCAGCGACUUCAAAGGAAAUGGCUCACUAAAAGUGCGGCAUGUAUUGAGGAGUUGCCAAAAAGAUGAAGUAGCUUAUAACACAUUCCAUCUUCACAAUCAGAUGGAUAUCGACAAAGUGAUAAACUACCACAGCUGGGAUGACCUACAAUCAUUACUCGCGAACUUUUCUUUGGGCAAUACUAACGUGGAAAUUUUGAGUCCUGCACUCCAAUUAAAUCUCCAAGUCUUAUCGACGACUUCCAACGUGAAUCUAACAUUACACAGGGCACAGUUAUCCAAGGCGAUCACUAAGAGAGACCUCGGCUCAUUUGCAGAUCAGUUGAACACUGUGGCCAGACAAUUAAGCGACCCCAUAAGCUCUAGGAAAAUUGAUAAUCUCGCCUUUAUGGUCAGAAAAGUGGUUCAAAUGGAAAUGCAGCGGCUCGUUGACAUUCGCAACAGAAUACUUUUUAAAGUCACGGCGCUCGAAGUGCUGUUAUUGCCGCUUAAUAAACAGGCCAACCAGUCGUUGUCGCAUUUGAAGACCAUUCAGUUUUUUCUGGACAAUCAGGGAUGGCAAAUUGCUGAAAAGACAAGCAGACAAUUCACUACGAGAAUCGAGUCCUACUUGAAAGACUUGUAUAAUCACGUCAGUGAAAAAUUAACGAAGCAGAUAGGAAAGUGCCGACCAUUGUGGGAAGUUUACCAUUCCACGCGAUUCUUCGUCUGCAAGUUGAUUGUAGAUCCGAUGAAUGGAAUCUCGUUUUCCUACUUUUUCCUCAUUUUAUUGUUCGUCGCCAUCACUCCCGUAGUUAUCAAGCUGGUGGAAUUCUAUAGAGAAGGGAAUAAUGAAGAUGUACUAACCUCCAUAUCACACAGAAGGGCCCGCGACGGGCUACUUAUAGAUGAUGAGGUCACGUGGGCAUCGCCUCCAUCUGCGACACCGGAAAUUCCAUUAGGCUGUGCGGCGGCGACGAAUCGGGAACAACAGGCCACGUGGGUUAGCCCGAGACGACCUUCUCAGCCUCUCAUACCGAGUCCACCCAGGAUGCCAUCUAAUAUAUCUUCACAGAUUCAUUCUCCUAGGAUGCCGACUUUGGAAUCCCUUUCUAGAAACUUAUCACCCCAAAGCAAAUUAUCUACAAUGUUCUCAAGGAUAACAGAGUCUAGAAUUGUCCAAAAACCGUCCACAUCUGGAGCAAGGACUCCCAGAACCAGAACCCGCAUGGAACUUUUGGAGACCGUUGAACCCGCAUGGAGUAGAAUGGAAGAAGUUCCUAAAAGAUGGUUAUAAAAAUGGAUUGAAUCUGAUUAUACACUGCCCAUUUUAUCAAACAAUUUUUAUAAUCACUAUGUAGUGACAUUUAAAAUCCACUUUACGUAAUAUUGAGGUCGCAUAUUGUUGCCAAAACAAGUUCUCAUUAUAACUUGAUUCAUUGUACUUUAUAUUUAUAACACUAAUUAAUUAAUUAGUUAAUUAGAAUUUAAUAAUAUAGUCGUAGUUUGCAAUUUUACUAUUAAA